AUGACAACGAAAGAAGGUAGUCGUCCUGACAUUUCCAGCAUUAAAAGUGGUGCUUCGCGGUUUGAACCUGAGGAUCACGAGGUUGAUCUUGCAGCCAUGAUUUCGCAGACAAUUGCAAUUGGAGAUGUUGGAAUUAGUUUAUCUUCGGAACAAAAAUAUUAUAUUUUAAGAAGACUCAACUAUGAUUCAUUGGUGUCUUAUGAAGACUUAUCAACUGAAGCUACCUUCAUGAUCGAGAAAGUUGAAAACUUGAAAGUUCCAGAAGCACUCGAGAUAUUAAAAGAAACUUUAAGAGAUUACAGUGAUGAUUUUAAUUUUCCAACUAACGAUUUGGAUUUGAUUCAGAAGUUGGUUCAGCUUGCACCUUCCCACGAUGGUAACGACAUUAAAUUCAAGUUGAACAAAGACUUAUCUGAAGACUAUAAAGAUCAAAAGCAAAUGCUGCUGAAGGAAGAGAUUAACGUCGAAAUUCUUGCUGAUUCUGAUUCUUUUGAAGGACAUGUUCCGAACUACUAUGAUGUUACCGACUGGAACUUACAAGUAAGACUCGAGGCUGCCUUACAAGCAUACCAUUCACCAUAUCCUGAGGUUCGAGCAAUUUCAGAUCCCUUUGACGACCCUAGUAUUCCUUGUGAAACACUUAGAGCUUAUGUCAUAGGUUUAAUUUGGGUUGCCAUAGGAGUUUUUAUCAACAUGUUUUUCAGUCAAAGACAACCUCCAAUCAGUCUAUCAACACCCGUGGUUCAGCUUUUCCUUUAUCCAAGUGGUAAAUUAUGGGAAUACGCCAUACCAGACUUCAAAAUCAAAAUCACUAAGAAUUAUUCUUUCCGAUUAAACCCUGGACCAUGGACAUAUAAGGAACAAAUGUUUGCAACAAUUAUGUUUUCUGUUUCUGCAGUGAAUGCAUAUAUUCUGUAUAACGUUUACACCCAAAGGGUUGCGGUUUUUUAUGAUAACAAGUGGACUACCAUGGGAUAUCAAAGUUUGUUGGUAUUAUCAACAAAUUUCUUGGGUUUUGGGUUUGCAGGAAUUUUGCGUAGAUUUGCAGUUUAUCCAGUGAAGGCGAUUUGGCCAGCAAUUUUACCAACACUUGCCUUAAACCGGGCAUUACUUCAGCCCGAAAGAAAGGAAAAUAUUAAUGGAUGGAAAAUCUCAAGAUACAACUUUUUCUUCCUUGUAACUGGUGCUUCUUUCCUUUACUUUUGGCUUCCUGACUAUCUUUUCCAGGCCCUUUCAACCUUUAAUUGGAUGACCUGGAUUGCUCCUGAUAACUUCAAUCUUGCCAUGAUUACUGGUUCUGUAACUGGAUUGGGUGUUAACCCUAUUCCUUCUUUUGAUUGGAAUGUUUUGUCAUUCAACGCUCCAUUAAUCGUUCCAUUUUACACACAAGUAAAUCAGUUUAUUGGUAUGGUAAUUGCUUUCUUUGUUAUUCUUGGAGUCUGGAUGAGUAAUAACAAAUGGUCUGGAUAUAUUCCUGUCAAUUCUAAUUCUAUUUUCAACAAUUUGGGUGGCCGAUAUUCAGUUGGAAAAGUUUUGAAUGAAAAUGGACUUCUUGAUGAAGCAAAAUAUGCAAAAUAUGGACCUCCAUACUAUUCGGCUGCAAAUUUGGUAGUUUAUGGUGCCUUUUUCGCACUUUAUCCAUUUUCGGUGUUUUACGAAAGUAUAACCAGAUGGUCAGCAAUCAAGGAUGCAUCGAUUGGUGUUUUUAAAACAUUCAGAUACAUUCAUAGGUCAGGUUUAGAAGGUGUUAAUGACCCACAUUCGAGAAUGAUGACCCGGUAUAAAGAAGUUCCAGAAUGGUGUUUCUUAAUUAUUUUGGUCAUUUCAACGGUAUUUGCAAUUGUAUGUGUUAAGGUAUAUCCAGGUACAGAAACCCCAGUUUGGGCGAUUUUUUUUGCAAUUGGAAUCAAUUUUGUGUUUUUAAUUCCUUUAACUGCCUUGGUCAGUUCUACUGGUUGGGGGUUUGGAAUGAAUGUUUUAGUCGAGUUAAUCGUUGGUUACGCCAUUCCUGGUAAUUCCCAAGCUUUAAUGUUCAUCAAAGCCCUUGGAUAUAAUAUUGAUGGUCAAGCACAAAAUUAUAUUUCCGAUCAAAAGAUGGCACAUUACGCCAAAGUCCCAGCAAGAGCGAUUUUCAGAGGUCAAUUACUUUCUGUCAUUUUGAAUUCAUUCAUAGGAAUAGGUGUGAUGAAUUGGCAGAUAAAUUCUAUGCCAGAUAUCUGUACUCCUGAGAAUAGUUUGAAGUUUACAUGUCCAGGAGCCACCACUUACUUUUCUGCUUCGGUUUUAUGGGGUACUAUUGGACCAAAGAGAGUUUUUGGAGGUUUGUAUCCUGUAAUGCAAUAUUGUUUUUUGAUUGGAUUCUUAAUGGUUCCAGUUGCACUUGCUUUCAAAUGGUACGCACCAAAGAAGUAUACAAAACAUUUUCAACCAUCUAUUUUUAUAGGUGGGUUUUUGAAUUGGGCUCCUUAUAAUUUCUCUUACUUUAUUGGAAGUAUGUACUUGUCAAUUGCUUUCAUGUAUUACAUCAAGAAACAUUAUUUGACAUGGUGGGAAAAGUAUAAUUUUGUUCUCUCGGGUGCAUUAACUGCCGGGGUUGCUUUUAGUAGUAUUAUCAUUUUCUUCGCUGUGCAGUAUCAUGAUAAAUCAAUUUCGUGGUGGGGUAACAACGUUCCAUAUAUGGGGAUCGAUGGUGGAAAUGGCCAACAAGCUAGACUUAAUGUUACCGAAUCAGCUCCAGACGGAUAUUUUGGUUUGAGAAUUGGUCAUUUCCCUUAG